AUGAAGAAAGCAGGUACAGACAUUCCUAAGAUGCGGCCGAUUUCUGAGGCGUGGGUGCUGGAGAACACCCUUGAGCACCAGACCAUUGAAGGGUCCAUGUUGUACAGCCCUCAGUAUAGCGACCACGAGUUUGUGUACCGUCAUAUAACUGUGCCGCGGAAGAUCAUCAGGAAAGCAAAAGAACUUUUGGUGUCUUACGGGCGCAAAAACAAUGACGGGCCCAGCUACCAUGGCUUGCAGGUGUCUGCGAGACGAGCCAAUGAGCCGUUGUUGCCCUAUGAAGACGUGGUUACACAGCUGUACAUCCACAUGAGUAGUGACUGGAUGUUGUACUUGAUCCAUGAACGAGAUUGCACGUUGUGCUUCCGAAGGCCCCGCCGAGACGGUCAUUAAAGCGCCAGACGUAAGACGGAGUCACCAAGGACUGAAGUGGACGUAUGUAAGGUGGGGUAAUGUAUCUGGGUAUGAAGCUAAUGGUUGAAAGACGGAAGUGCUAAAAAGUCUAUGUUUUCUUCUUGCGAAGCUUCUCGACCUCUUUCUGCCUGAGCUUGUAUUUCUUGGGGUCUCUUUUGGACAUUUUUUG